CCAGAAGAAGCUUCGUAGUUCCUUUGCUGUUGCAGUCCGGAGGCGAGCAGUCCUGUGUGACCUGAGCUCCAGGUGCUUUCCGAGAAACGCUGUUAAAGUCUGAAGAUCCUGGAGAUUUGACGUACUUUAGCAUUUCUUCGCUGUUGAACAGUCUGGAGAGCGAGCUUUGACUUAAAACGCUGUCGUGCUUUAAACUUUAAGUUAGCUGUUAGCCGAGCUGUGAAAAUGUUGAGCGUCGCCAGGAGCGUUUCAAGGACUCUUCCCACGAAGAGCAGCAUCAGGAGCGUGUCGUCCUUGAUUAAAAAGGCGUGCUGGACCGGCUUCCAACCAGAUGCUCUCAGAGCCCUAUCCAGGAGGGACUAUGCGUCUGAAGCUAUCAAGGGUGCAGUCAUUGGCAUUGACCUGGGAACCACAAACUCAUGUGUUGCUGUCAUGGAGGGUAAACAGGCCAAGGUGCUGGAGAAUGCUGAGGGAGCCAGGACAACCCCUUCAGUUGUCGCUUUCACAGCAGAUGGGGAGCGUCUGGUGGGUAUGCCUGCUAAACGCCAGGCCGUCACCAACCCUCAGAACACGCUGUACGCUACCAAGAGACUGAUUGGACGACGCUUUGAUGACCCAGAGGUCCAGAAAGAUCUGAAGAACGUCCCCUACAAGAUUGUGCGUGCAUCUAAUGGCGAUGCCUGGGUCGAGGCUCAUGGGAAAAUGUACUCCCCUAGCCAGGCAGGAGCCUUUGUCCUCAUGAAGAUGAAGGAGACUGCAGAGAGCUACCUGGGAAGCACAGUGAAGAAUGCUGUCAUCACUGUUCCAGCAUACUUCAAUGACUCUCAGAGACAGGCCACUAAAGAUGCAGGUCAGAUCGCGGGUCUGAAUGUCCUGCGUGUGAUCAACGAGCCAACAGCUGCUGCUCUGGCCUACGGCCUGGACAAGACCCAAGAUAAGAUUAUUGCUGUGUAUGAUUUGGGUGGAGGUACUUUUGACAUCUCAGUCCUGGAGAUCCAGAAAGGAGUUUUUGAGGUGAAGUCCACCAAUGGUGACACCUUCCUCGGAGGCGAGGACUUUGAUCAGCACCUCCUCAAACACAUUGUCAAGGAGUUCAAGAGAGAGUCGGGUGUAGACCUGAUGAAGGAUAACAUGGCUCUUCAGAGAGUUAGAGAGGCUGCUGAGAAGGCCAAGUGUGAACUGUCGUCUUCACUGCAGACUGACAUCAACCUCCCCUACCUGACCAUGGAUGCCUCCGGUCCUAAACAUCUGAACAUGAAGUUAACUCGUGCUCAAUUUGAAGGCAUCGUGUCUGACUUGAUUCGCCGCACCGUGGCUCCCUGCCAGAAGGCGAUGCAAGAUGCCGAGGUGUCCAAGGGAGACAUCGGAGAGGUGCUGCUGGUGGGAGGCAUGACCCGCAUGCCCAAGGUUCAGCAGACAGUCCAGGACCUGUUUGGCCGAGCCCCCAGCAAGUCCGUGAACCCAGAUGAAGCUGUUGCUAUUGGAGCAGCCAUCCAGGGUGGCGUUCUGGCUGGUGAUGUAACUGAUGUGCUACUUUUGGAUGUGACUCCUCUGUCACUGGGUAUCGAGACUCUGGGAGGUGUCUUCACCAAGCUCAUCAACAGGAAUACCACAAUUCCCACCAAGAAGAGCCAGGUGUUCUCCACUGCAGCUGAUGGACAGACUCAGGUGGAGAUCAAAGUGUGUCAGGGUGAGAGAGAGAUGGCGACAGACAACAAGUUGCUGGGUCAGUUUACUCUGGUAGGAAUCCCUCCAGCCCCUCGUGGAGUCCCUCAGAUUGAGGUCACGUUCGACAUUGACGCCAACGGAAUCGUCCACGUGUCAGCCAAGGACAAGGGCACAGGCCGCGAGCAGCAGAUUGUGAUCCAGUCAUCAGGAGGUCUCAGUAAAGAUGACAUUGAGAACAUGAUCAAGAACGCUGAGAAGUAUGCAGAGGAGGACCGGAGGAGAAAGGACCGGGUGGAGGCUGUCAACAUGGCUGAGGGCAUCAUCCAUGACACAGAAUCCAAGAUGGAAGAGUUCAAGGAUCAGCUCCCUGCUGAUGAGUGCACCAAGCUGAAGGAGGAGAUUUCCAAGGUCAGGAAUCUGUUGACCAACAAGGACUCAGAGACAGGAGAGAACAUCAAGCAGGCAGCAACCAACCUGCAGCAGGCCUCACUCAAACUCUUCGAAAUGGCCUACAAGAAGAUGGCAGCAGAGCGAGACGGCGGCAGCAGCAGCAGCAGCUCCAGUUCUUCAGAAGGAGAGAAGAAGGAAGGCCAGCAGUAGACCUUACUAGCACUUAGCUGUCCUGAGAUGACCAUGACAGCAGAGGACUGUUGGGCUUGUAUGGUGGACUAGGCGGGAGGGUGACAGUCUGAGUCAUUCUUACCGUAGCACAUUAUUCUACUGUGUUUUGGCAGUAAAAUAGAAAAGAUUAAAUGUCAGUGUAUGCUUCUCCGCAUCCCGUGAUAUCCUGUUUGUAAUUUAACUGUCUGAGAAAUCUUUGUUUAUUUUUACAAAGCUGUUAAUUUCCAUUCAGAAGUAGUAAAUGGGUUUUUUUUUUGUGUUGUUGAAGACAUCAUAUAUGGUUCUUCUGUUCAGCUUCUGAAAGCAGGAUGGCUUGUUGAUAGCACUUACUUGUAUCAGUUGAGUCUGAGAGAUGUGGUACAGAGAGCAUAGCCCUGAAUCAGAGAGCACGCUUUAAUGGUGCCCUCCGAUCAGCUCGGAGGCCGCCGGUCCCUUCCCUGUUCUCCUGAGCACACUCGAAUGACUUGCGUUCAUUUCAUCACCUGUCACAUUUUCUGACAGUUAAUUCCUAAGCAGUAAAAUAUGUCUGUGUGUGUGUGGAUGAGAUCUUUAAAUAUAUAAUAAGAGUGUGAGAAACCCUGCCUUUUGGUUCUUUACAUGCUCUUUUGUGGCCACCUUAAACAGACCAGUUUGGAGUCCACGAUGGGUCAGCCGAACCAUAGUUCACCUCUGACCUCUGACGGGCUGCAGUAGGAAGAGCUGGGAUGUAAAAACAGAAGCAGCAGGAAGUGUGAGCCCAGAAGCUGCUCUGUGUGAAGUGGCUGAGCGUUCUGGCUCUACUUUAAAAGAAGGAGGCAGGAACUGAAAAAGGAUGUUUGUUUUUUUUCUGUGGGGAUGGUGUGUUAGUGACUAUAUUAAUGAAUUGAAAGCUGAGGAUCACAGUAACUGUUGCCUUUUUUUAAUAAAAAUGUGAAAUGUGACACUA